AAUUUUCCGUAACAGAUUCUGCGUUAAACCUGUACUAGGGUUUUUGGAGCGAAAAGCGGUCAGCGACUCAUCUCCGUUAAAGCUUCCACAAGUUUCCGGCGAUAACGUCACCGCAUCCGUCCUGCUGUGUUUUAGUGUAUUAGAGUGAAAAAUUCACAAUGGGAAGAGCUAAAAAAGGGCCUAAAUUUGCCGUUAUGAAGAAGAUGAUUACCUCCAAAGCAAUUAAAAAUUACAAAGAAGAGGUUUUGAAUCCUAAGAAAAAAGAUCUAUCCAAGGACAAGCUCCCUAGAAAUGUACCGCAAGUUUCUUCCGCGCUUUACUUCAAGUACAACACUGCAUUAGGGCCGCCGUACAGGGUUUUGAUUGAUACUAACUUUAUCAACUUCUCCAUCCAGAAUAAAUUGGAUUUGGAGAAGGCAAUGAUGGAUUGUCUGUACGCAAAAUGUACGCCAUGUAUCACAGAUUGUGUCAUGGCAGAACUUGAGAAGUUAGGUCAGAAAUACCGUGUUGCUCUAAGGAUUGCUAAGGAUCCACGUUUUGAGAGAAUCCCAUGCAUCCAUAAAGGAACUUACGCGGAUGACUGCAUCGUUGACAGGGUAACUCAGCAUAAAUGUUACAUUGUUGCAACAUGCGAUCGAGAUUUGAAGCGUAGGAUACGGAAGGUCCCUGGUGUGCCAAUUAUGUACAUUACACAACACAAAUACUCUAUUGAGCGGUUGCCCGAGGCAACUUUAGGUGGAGCUCCGAGAUUUUGAGGCAUUUUCAAGAAUCAGAGAUUUUGUCACCUCUAUUGUGCUGAAGCUGUUUUGCCUUUAUCAAAAUAUAGUUGAAGAAUUUGGCAACAUCAGUAGUUGCAGUCUCUGCUUGCCAUUUACUGUAUUGUUCAACAAGUUUUGUUAGAGAUUAAGGUGUUUCCAGUGUUUACUGUUUGUUGGGAUGUCGGAAUGCCAUGUAUAAUGUUUUAAAGCAUGCUAUUGCGAAUAUAACUAAAUGCUUAGUCGGACUCAUGCUAA